AUGGCGGCGGGCCGCGGGUGGAGGCGGCGGGCGCUGCGGCUGCUGACGGCGGGCGGCGGCGUGCUGCUCACCCGCUUCCCCUUCUGGCACUGCUUCAGCGGGCUGCUGCUGUGCGCCGAGCGCGCCGACCUGCGCCGGAAGCCGGACAUCCCGGUGCCCUACCUGUACGUGGACAUGGGCGUGGCCGUGCUCUGUGCCAGCUUCAUGUCCUUCGGGGUCAAGCGGCGCUGGUUCGCCCUGGGGGCUGCCCUGCAGCUGGCAGUGGCCACCUACGCUGCCCACGUCGGGGGGCACGUGCACUACGGAGACUGGCUCAAGGUGAGGAUGUACUCGCGCACCAUCGCCAUCAUCGGCGGGUUCCUGAUCCUGGCCAGCGGCGCCGGGGAGCUGUACCGGCAGAAACCCCGCAGCCGCUCCCUGCAGUCCACGGGCCAGGUGUUCCUGGGCAUCUACCUCAUCUGCCAGGCCUACUCCCUGCAGCACAGCACCGAGGACCGCCUGGCCUACCUGGACCACCUGCUGGGGGGUGAGCUGGCCCUGCAGCUGCUCUUCCUGCUCUACGGGCUGCUGGCCCUGGCCUUCCUCUCGGGUUACUACGUGAGGACAGCGGCCCAGGUGCUGGCCGUGCUGCUGCCCCUGGCCAUCCUCCUCAUCGACGGCAACCUGGGCUACUGGCACGCGCUGCGCCGCGUCGAGUUCUGGAACCAGAUGAAGCUCAUCGGCCAGAACGUCGGCAUCUUCGGGGCCGUGGUCAUCCUGGCCACCGAUGGAUGAGGGGGUGAAGGGUGGGAGGGGUUUUUUAAGGAGCGACGCUAUUUAUUUGUUGGGUU